AGCAGUUCAUCUGGGUCCGUGAGGUCAGGAACAGAAAAUACAUCCAGGACAGGUGGACAACUUGAGUUUGCCCAGGACAGGAAAAAGGCAGCUCAGGUGCGCUGGUCCAGGCAGACGCCAUCUGUCUUUCCAGUCCCCGGGUCUGCCCUGUCGCCCGCAGCUCCUCACGGGUUAAUCCCCUCGCCGCCCGCUCGCUUCUCGGUGCCAAAGAGGGUGUUGCUGGAAUUCUUGUCUCCCGUAAUAAGGGGGCCGAGCUGUCCCUCCAAGGAGGGGGGCAUGGCGUGGAUAAAAGAGGCGAAAAAGCAGGGGGCGGUUUCCAAAAAUAAAACCCUUCGGUUCCCCUUCAGACGGCGGCAGUGCGGGAGCGAAGGUGCGGCAGGCUCGGGCUCGGUGCGCAGCCCGGGCAGCUCACGCCAUACAGCCCUUACCUAGGAACCCCUGGACCCCCAAACGGCUGUUUCAGAGGUCCCCUAGACGGGAAGGGGCAAGUCGCCAGGCGGGUCUGUGGAGCGAACGAUGGAAAGCACCUCCCCGCGAGGUCUCCGGUGCCCACAGCUCUGCAGCCACUCUGGCGCCAUGAGAGCGCCGACCACCGCUCGCUGCUCCGGAUGCAUCCGACGGGUGCGUUGGAGGGGCUUCCUGCCACUUGUCCUGGCUGUCUUGAUGGGGACAAGUCAUGCCCAACGGGAUUCCAUAGGGAGAUACGAACCAGCUAGCAGGGAUGCGAAUCGGUUGUGGCACCCCGUGGGCAGCCACCCCGCAGCGGCUGCAGCCAAGGUGUACAGUCUGUUCCGAGAGCCUGACGCGCCGGUCCCCGGCUUGUCGCCCUCUGAGUGGAACCAGCCGGCCCAGGGGAACCCUGGGAGGCUCGCAGAGGCCGAGGCCAGGAGGCCACCCCGAACCCAGCAGCUGCGUCGAGUCCAGCCACCUGUCCAGACUCGGAGAAGCCAUCCCCGGGGCCAGCAGCAGAUAGCAGCCAGGGCUGCACCUUCUGUCGCGCGCCUGGAAACCCCUCAGCGACCCGCGGCUGCACGGCGAGGGCGGCUCACCGGGAGAAAUGUCUGCGGGGGACAGUGCUGCCCAGGAUGGACAACAUCAAACAGCACCAACCACUGUAUCAAACCUGUGUGUCAGCCUCCCUGUCAGAACCGAGGCUCCUGCAGCAGGCCCCAGGUCUGUAUCUGCCGUUCUGGCUUCCGUGGGGCGCGCUGUGAGGAGGUCAUCCCUGAGGAGGAAUUUGACCCUCAGAAUGCCAGGCCUGUGCCCAGACGCUCAGUGGAGAGAGCACCCGGUCCUCACAGAAGCAGUGAGGCCAGAGGAAGUCUAGUGACCAGAAUACAGCCGCUGGUACCACCACCAUCACCACCUCCAUCUCGGCGCCUCAGCCAGCCCUGGCCCCUGCAGCAGCACUCAGGGCCGUCCAGGACAGUUCGUCGGUAUCCGGCCACUGGUGCCAAUGGCCAGCUGAUGUCCAACGCUUUGCCUUCAGGACUCGAGCUGAGAGACAGCAGCCCACAGGCAGCACAUGUGAACCAUCUCUCACCCCCCUGGGGGCUGAACCUCACCGAGAAAAUCAAGAAAAUCAAAGUCGUCUUCACCCCCACCAUCUGCAAGCAGACCUGUGCCCGGGGACGCUGUGCCAACAGCUGUGAGAAGGGUGACACCACCACCUUGUACAGUCAGGGUGGCCAUGGGCAUGACCCCAAGUCUGGCUUCCGUAUCUAUUUCUGCCAAAUCCCCUGCCUGAAUGGUGGCCGCUGCAUCGGCCGGGACGAGUGCUGGUGUCCAGCCAACUCCACAGGAAAGUUCUGCCAUCUGCCUGUCCCGCAGCCAGACAGGGAACCUGCAGGGCGAGGUUCCCGGCACAGAACCCUGCUGGAAGGUCCCCUGAAGCAAUCCACCUUCACGCUGCCUCUCUCUAACCAGCUCGCCUCUGUGAACCCCUCGCUGGUGAAGGUGCAAAUUCAUCACCCGCCUGAGGCCUCUGUGCAGAUUCACCAGGUGGCCCGGGUCCGGGGUGAGCUGGACCCCGUGCUGGAGGACAACAGUGUGGAGACCAGAGCCUCUCGUCGCCCCCACGGCAACCUAGGCCACAGCCCCUGGGCCAGCAACAGCAUACCCGCUCGGGCCGGAGAGGCCCCUCGGCCACCACCAGUGCUGUCUAGGCAUUAUGGACUUCUGGGCCAGUGUUACCUGAGCACGGUGAAUGGACAGUGUGCUAACCCCCUAGGGGAGCUGACUUCUCAGGAGGACUGCUGUGGCAGUGUGGGGACCUUCUGGGGGGUGACCUCCUGUGCUCCCUGCCCACCCAGACCAGCCUUCCCAGUGAUUGAAAAUGGCCAGCUGGAGUGUCCCCAAGGAUACAAGAGACUGAACCUCAGCCACUGCCAAGAUAUCAAUGAGUGCCUGACCCUGGGCCUCUGCAAGGACUCGGAGUGCGUGAACACCAGGGGCAGCUACCUGUGCACCUGCAGGCCUGGCCUCAUGCUGGAUCCGUCAAGGAGCCGCUGCGUAUCGGACAAGGCUGUCUCCAUGCAGCAGGGACUAUGCUACCGGUCACUGGGGUCUGGUACCUGCACCCUGCCUUUGGUUCAUCGGAUCACCAAGCAGAUAUGCUGCUGCAGCCGUGUGGGCAAAGCCUGGGGUAGCACAUGUGAACAGUGUCCCCUGCCUGGCACAGAAGCCUUCAGGGAGAUCUGCCCUGCUGGCCAUGGCUACACCUACUCGAGCUCAGACAUCCGCCUGUCUAUGAGGAAAGCCGAAGAAGAGGAACUGGCUAGCCCCUUAAGGGAGCAGACAGAGCAGAGCACUGCACCCCCACCUGGGCAAGCAGAGAGGCAACCACUCCGGGCAGCCACCGCCACCUGGAUUGAGGCUGAGACCCUCCCUGACAAAGGUGACUCUCGGGCUGUUCAGAUCACAACCAGUGCUCCCCACCUACCUGCCCGGGUACCAGGGGAUGCCACUGGAAGACCAGCACCAUCCUUGCCUGGACAGGGCAUUCCAGAGAGUCCAGCAGAAGAGCAAGUGAUUCCCUCCAGUGAUGUCUUGGUGACACACAGCCCCCCAGACUUUGAUCCAUGUUUUGCUGGAGCCUCCAACAUCUGUGGCCCUGGGACCUGUGUGAGCCUCCCAAAUGGAUACAGAUGUGUCUGCAGCCCUGGCUACCAGCUACACCCCAGCCAAGACUACUGUACUGAUGACAACGAGUGUAUGAGGAACCCCUGUGAAGGAAGAGGGCGCUGUGUCAACAGUGUGGGCUCCUACUCCUGCCUCUGCUAUCCUGGCUACACACUAGUCACCCUCAGAGACACACAGGAGUGCCAAGAUAUCGAUGAGUGUGAGCAGCCCGGGGUGUGCAGUGGUGGGCGAUGCAGCAACACGGAGGGCUCGUACCACUGCGAGUGUGAUCGGGGCUACAUCAUGGUCAGGAAAGGACACUGUCAAGAUAUCAACGAAUGCCGUCACCCUGGUACCUGCCCUGAUGGGAGAUGCGUCAACUCCCCUGGCUCCUACACUUGUCUGGCCUGUGAGGAGGGCUAUGUAGGCCAGAGUGGGAGCUGUGUAGAUGUCAAUGAGUGUCUGACCCCUGGGAUAUGUACCCAUGGAAGGUGCAUCAACAUGGAAGGCUCCUUUAGAUGCUCCUGUGAGCCGGGCUAUGAGGUCACCCCAGACAAGAAGGGCUGCCGAGAUGUGGACGAGUGUGCCAGCCGAGCCUCGUGCCCCACCGGCCUCUGCCUCAACACGGAGGGCUCCUUCACCUGCUCAGCCUGUCAGAGCGGGUACUGGGUGAACGAAGAUGGCACUGCCUGUGAAGACUUGGAUGAAUGUGCCUUCCCUGGAGUCUGCCCCACAGGCGUCUGCACCAAUACUGUAGGCUCCUUCUCCUGCAAGGACUGUGACAGGGGCUACCGGCCCAACCCCCUGGGCAACAGAUGCGAAGAUGUGGAUGAGUGUGAAGGUCCCCAAAGCAGCUGCCGGGGAGGCGAAUGCAAGAACACAGAAGGUUCCUACCAAUGCCUCUGUCACCAGGGCUUCCAGCUGGUCAAUGGCACCAUGUGUGAGGACGUGAAUGAGUGUGUUGGGGAAGAGCAUUGUGCUCCUCACGGCGAGUGCCUCAACAGCCUGGGCUCCUUCUUCUGCCUCUGUGCACCCGGCUUUGCUAGUGCUGAGGGGGGCACCAGAUGCCAGGAUGUUGAUGAAUGUGCAGCCACAGACCCGUGUCCGGGAGGACACUGUGUCAACACAGAGGGCUCCUUCAGCUGUCUGUGUGAGACUGGCUUCCAGCCCUCCCCAGACAGCGGAGAAUGUUUGGAUAUUGAUGAGUGUGAGGACCGUGAAGACCCGGUGUGCGGAGCCUGGAGGUGUGAGAACAGUCCUGGUUCCUACCGCUGCAUCCUGGACUGCCAGCCUGGCUUCUAUGUGGCGCCAAAUGGAGACUGCAUUGACAUAGAUGAAUGUGCCAAUGACACUGUGUGUGGGAACCAUGGCUUCUGUGACAACACGGACGGCUCCUUCCGCUGCCUGUGUGACCAGGGCUUCGAGACCUCACCAUCAGGCUGGGAGUGUGUUGAUGUGAACGAGUGUGAGCUCAUGAUGGCAGUGUGUGGGGAUGCGCUCUGUGAGAACGUGGAAGGCUCCUUCCUGUGCCUUUGCGCCAGUGACCUUGAGGAGUACGACGCAGAAGAAGGACACUGCCGUCCUCGGGUGGCUGGAGCUCAGAGAAUCCCAGAGGUCCGGACAGAGGACCAGGCUCCAAGCCUUAUCCGCAUGGAAUGCUACUCUGAACACAAUGGUGGUCCUCCCUGCUCUCAAAUCCUGGGCCAGAACUCCACACAGGCCGAGUGCUGCUGCACUCAGGGUGCCAGAUGGGGAAAGGCCUGUGCGCCCUGCCCAUCUGAGGACUCAGUUGAAUUCAGUCAGCUCUGCCCCAGUGGUCAAGGUUACAUCCCAGUGGAAGGAGCCUGGACAUUUGGACAAACCAUGUAUACAGAUCACAACGAAUGCCAGGACUUGGCCUGUGAGAACGGUGAGUGUGUGAACACAGAAGGCUCCUUCCAUUGCCUCUGCAAUCCCCCCCUCACCCUAGACCUCAGUGGGCAGCGCUGUGUGAACAGCACCAGCAGCACGGAGGACUUCCCUGACCAUGACAUCCACAUGGACAUCUGCUGGAAAAAAGUCACCAAUGAUGUGUGCAGCCAGCCCUUGCGUGGGCACCAUACCACCUAUACAGAAUGCUGCUGCCAAGAUGGGGAGGCCUGGAGCCAGCAAUGCGCUCUGUGCCCGCCCAGGAGCUCUGAGGUCUACGCUCAGCUGUGCAACGUGGCUCGGAUUGAGGCAGAGCGCGGAGCAGGGAUCCACUUCCGGCCAGGCUAUGAGUAUGGCCCUGGCCUGGACGAUCUGCCUGAAAACCUCUACGGCCCAGAUGGGGCUCCCUUCUAUAACUACCUAGGCCCCGAGGACACUGCCCCUGAGCCUCCCUUCUCCAACCCAGCCAGCCAGCCGGGAGACAACACACCUGUCCUUGAGCCUCCUCUGCAGCCCUCUGAACUUCAGCCUCACUAUCUAGCCAGCCACUCAGAACCCCUGGCCUCCUUCGAAGGCCUUCAGGCUGAGGAAUGUGGCAUCCUGAAUGGCUGUGAGAAUGGCCGCUGCGUGCGUGUGCGGGAGGGCUACACUUGCGACUGCUUUGAGGGCUUCCAGCUGGAUGCGGCCCACAUGGCCUGUGUGGAUGUGAACGAGUGUGAAGACUUGAACGGGCCUGCAGCACUCUGUGCACACGGUCACUGUGAGAACACAGAGGGUUCCUAUCGCUGCCACUGUUCGCCAGGUUACGUGGCAGAGCCAGGCCCCCCACACUGUGCGGCCAAGGAGUAGAAGUGAGGGCUUGUGUGGGCAGCUAUCUGGAAAAUGGCUUCAGCCAUAGGCCGUGGACUUAAGAUUGCUUCCCUAGCUGGGAAGACAUCGCGCUGGGAAGAUGACGUGAUGACAUCAGGCCCGGGCUCUGGACCCAGUUCUGCCAGCCUUGCCAAAUUUUUAUUUCUUCCAGCUUAACUCUGGGUGUGAGCUUCCAUCACUGCCUCUAUGCCAUUGCUUGGCUCAGACACCACAAAUAUCUUAAUGCUUCAGCCACUGGCCAUGAGACACGCCCACCAGUCUGUCCCCGGGACCACACUAUAGGGCACUCAUCAGGCUGUGCUCUUAGGCUGUGCAAACAUUGCAGGUACCCCUUUCCAGUUGCGAGCCACACAUCAUCCUAGUUGUUCUGUAAUGGGGACAGUGGCUGCAUCCGCCCAGGGAUGGUCUCUUCACAGUCUGUGGAGCAAGAGAGGGUUUGGGGAGUAGCUCCUGUCACCUCUCAGAACCAACACCACCACUCGGCCAGGCUGGCAUGAGCUCUUUUUGCCACAUCUCCAUCUCUUAGACAGUUCUGCAGCCCCUCAUCUCAGAGGAUGAAGACUAAUACUAACUCGCUGAGUGGUAAGAAAUACAAAGGACGAGGAACAGUGAGCCUGAGAAAGUACGGCAAGAGAGUGAUGUGGAAAACAUGGCGAGCUGAUACGAAAGGAGGAGCCAAGAGUUAAAGAAAUCUAAAAACACUGAGUUGCUUUGGGCAAAUAAGUACUUGAAGCCCCUUAGAGGCUCUGUGUGCCUGCAGUGAGGCUUGUCAUAAGCUCUGGCGCCCAUAUGCAAAGGCCUUUCUUAGGCACAUCUAUCCCUAUGGGGAAACCCAAAUAGAUGGGCUAACAAUAUAAAGGUCUCCUUUUCAGCUGGUCUUGGCAGAGGAGGCCAGGUUUUCAAAGUUGUUUAUCUCCUCCACUCAGAAGCACUUGCCCUUGUUCCCUCUAAGAAAUGCACUUCCAUACAAGCUAGCUGGGGGUUCAGGAGCAUGGGGGAAUAAAAUGUUCAUCUGGA